GCGAAGCACAACAUCACAUCUCAACGCCUUCUCCACCUUCAUAAUGUUGACCCUCACUCUCACUGCUGACUUGACCGGGGUGACUGAUCUCAGGCCGGAUGACACGCCUGAGAACAACUUCUGGUACACUUUCAAAGUCCAGUGCGGCUCCUGCAGAGAAGUCCAUCCAAACUAUGUCAACGUUAGCCGGUUUGAGGCGAACGAUAUGAGCGGCAGUCGUGGAGAAGCCAAUUUUGUAUGGAAAUGCAAAUCUUGUAAGAGAGAGUCGUCUGCUACCAUAAAGGCCCCUCCAAUCCCAUAUAAACAAGCAUCUCCGCCAACUCGUCAGAAGAUCCUUGAGUUUGAUUGUCGAGGAAUGGAGUUCACUGAAUUCAAGCCCGAAGGAGAGUGGCUUGCGACUGGUAUUGAGUCGGGCAGUAAAUUCGUAGCUAUUGAUCUCACCGAGGGGGAAUGGUUUGACUAUGAUGAGAAAGCGGGAGAGGAAGUCAGCAUCAAGGAAUUGAAAUGGGAAAUUAGGCGUAACUGAGGGACGGAGAUUUUCUCUUAGCUUCUUGAAUGAUUAUCACGAGAUUUCACCUUGUGUUAAGAGUAUGAUGAGUUGAUCUCAAAUGGAGCUUUGAGUUUCUUCCAUUGGACGAGGCUGAAAAAACCGACAAUUGACUAUUGCGGGACUGGAUCAAUCUACUGUUUUACUUGGUGUUUGUCACCAAAACCCGGUACCUAAAAGCC